GUGAUAUGUCCGCGUAGCGUUGUCAACAGCCAAGUAUCGCACGCUCUGCUCGGUAGAUGUUUCUCGAUUUUUUGAACAUGCCAUGGAUAUAAUUCGAGCAGCAGAGGAUCAUACAGGAGGAAGUGGCAGAGGGUGCAGUAGAAACUAGCAGACUGUUUACUAUAAGGCGCGUUAUACCGAGGGCUACACCCUGUGCGGCGGCGGUGGUGGUGGCGGCGGCAGCCGAUAAUGUUCACGCACAUAGAUAGGUUAGGGGAGGUAGCUGGACUGCUGUUCCGUCCGUGUUUAUCUGCCGCGUUACCGAAGUCCACGAAGUCGCGUUCCGCUCGUCGCGAACAUCCACCGCACUUGUCGAUCGCGAUGAGAGAUUCGUAGCGGAGGAGGUUAGACACGCUGAGGUGCCGGGUGUCUAGAACACAGUUGGCAAAAUGGGCAAGUUGUUGUCAAAGAUCUUUGGCAACAAGGAGAUGCGUAUUCUCAUGUUAGGACUGGAUGCUGCAGGAAAGACUACAAUAUUGUAUAAACUUAAACUAGGACAGUCUGUAACAACUAUACCAACAGUAGGAUUCAAUGUAGAAACAGUUACCUAUAAGAAUGUUAAAUUUAAUGUGUGGGAUGUAGGUGGUCAAGAUAAAAUACGUCCAUUAUGGCGUCACUACUAUACAGGGACGCAAGGACUUAUUUUUGUAGUAGAUUGUGCAGAUCGAGAUAGAAUUGAUGAAGCUCGCCAAGAACUCCAUCGAAUUAUAAACGAUAGAGAAAUGCGUGAUGCUAUAAUUUUAAUUUUCGCAAAUAAACAAGAUCUUCCGGAUGCUAUGAAACCACAUGAAAUACAAGAAAAAUUGGGAUUAACUAGGAUACGAGAUAGAAAUUGGUACGUUCAGCCAUCUUGUGCCACAACAGGAGAUGGGCUUUAUGAAGGCCUUACGUGGUUAACCAGUAAUCAUAAAUCAUGAGCAAAUAUUUAUUUUUCACGUAUUAGCUUUAUAUAUAUAUAUAUAUAUGUAUGUAUGUAUGUAUGCAUGUAUGUAUGUAUAUGUAUGUAUGUAUGUGUGCGUGCGUGUGUGUGUGUAUGCAUGCGCGCGCGCGUGUGAGUGUGUGAGUAAUUGUGUGUGUGUAUAUAUAUACAUAUAUAUAUAUAUAUAUAUACAUACGGAGAAUACAUGUUUGCUUUAUAUUUUUAUUUUAAUUUAUCAUGUGGAGGCUCUGUAAAACAAACAAUUGAUAAUGACGAUAGAUUUGAUGAGGUCUUUUUCACAAGCAAAGUUGCUGCGGGUGCAAAAAGGAAAAAUCUAUAAAGACAAUUAUUAAUGGUGUGUUCCAAUAAUAUCGAUACUAGGUGAAUAGUAAUUUAUUGUAAACGAGGUACCAAGAGACGUAACCUUUGUUACUAGCUAUUUAUCCCAAUUCAUGGAAGUAAUUACAUUAUUACUGAAUAGGGUUACACGGGUUUAACAUCACUAUACUGUAACAUAUUCACGCAAGUGUACUACUUCACGAGAGAUAAGUUGUACAAGUUAAACAAAGGAAGAAAAAAGGAUAACGAGAAUCUAGUUAUGAUAUUAAGGGGUUCACAGAUUCACAAGGAUUAGUAUACUGUAUAACUUACCUUAUAAACCCUUUCCGAUAUCUAUGUAUUGUUAUUCGAGAGAGUUGUGUUUUUCGAACGGAAAGUACCUCAAGUUUUUAACGAAUUACAGUUAGAUUUUUAACUCCGCAAUAUAUAUUGUUGUCAAUGCUAAACUAACAUGUAUCAUAUAAUAUUCAUACAUAUAGACCUUAACUAUGACACGUGAGUAAAUUUGUAGCACCUACAAUGAGGCUUUAUAUAGUCCAACGAGGUUUAUUCGUUCGUUUCGGUGAAAAUCAUUACCAUUUACUUACAUUCUCGUGCCGAAAAAUUGCUCGUAAUUCAUCAGUUUGGUAACGUCGUCUUCCAACUCAACAGACUAUGUAAACUUUUUGAUCGGCCCCCGUCUUUUUCGUUCGUCUUCUCAGACAUAUUAUAUAUUUUCUUCAUUUCUUUUCUUUUUUUAAGUAAUAUUUUAAUCAGAACGCGAAUAGUGCAUAAUUAAUUGCCAGAAUUCUCUUAUCAUUACGCACAAGUCAUGAAAUUACAAAAGCGGUCUUACCAUAUUUAUCUGAAUUUAUUAAAAUAGAAAACAAUGCAACACACGGAGUUAUCGGUUUACUGAUACUGUGAGCUCAAAAAAAAAAAAAAAAAGGAGAAAAAGAAAGAUAACAUUACAUUGAGCAUAACAGCAUUGAAUCUGCCAAUAUUUUUUACCGUUUAAGUGAGUAUUGGAUAAUAAAGCAUUAGUAUUAGGUCGCAACGAUUAAACCAUUAAUCUAACGGCAUCUUAUGGAUGAAAUAGGUGUUUUUGUCGUGACUUUCGUUUCUCUCAAUAGCAUAAUCCGUAGCGUAAGAUUAGUACGAAUUCAUACUUCGAUAUUCAUAAUUGACUCAUAUAUGAAGUUCACAAGUGUUCAAAACAUUCGUAUGAUUAUCAGUCGAAUUGAGUUAUUAAUAAAUAGUGGUGGCGAACAUCUACAAUUCGUCAAUACAUUGACACCUUGUUUGCAUUCCACGGUAAAUUAGCGAGUUAGAUUGUUAGAGAAAGAGAGAGAUAGAAGUGUUUUAGUUAUAAAUAAUCUACAUAAAUUUAACAGAGAUUUUCCAGGCGUAAGUUCGUAAAUAACUUUCUCAGCGUGUCCGUACCAUUAAUAUUAAGUAUUUCA